UACAGCCGCUCAGCCCAUAUGUCAGUGGCUCGUCAUAGCGGCUUUCCAGCCCUGCUCAGUCUCCUCUCUAUCAGCGACUCGCCGGACCGGGUGACGUUGGACGACAAAGAUGGCCGCGGGGAGCAGUAACUACUGGGAAGACCUGAGGAAGCAGGCCAGGCAACUGGAGAAUGAGCUGGACCUCAAAUUAGUUUCUUUUAGCAAACUCUGUACAAGUUACACCCACAGCAACUCCAGAGAAGGAAGACGCGACAGGUAUAGUUCUGAUACAACACCGCUUCUAAAUGGAUCAAGUCAGGAUCACAUGUUUGAGACGAUGGCAUUUGAGAUUGAACAGCUUCUGGCCAAGCUUACCGGGAUUAAUGACAAAAUGGCUGAAUACAGCAGUACAGCUGGCGUGACCUCUAUAAAUGCUGCACUGAUGCACACAUUACAGAGACAUCGAGAUAUACUGCAGGAUUACACACAUGAAUUUCACAAAACAAAAGCCAAUUUCCAGGCAAUCCGAGAAAGAGAAGACCUCUUGGGAUCUGUACGAAAAGAUAUUGAAUCUUACAAAACGGGCUCCGGUGUUAACAACAGGAGAACGGAGCUGUUCUUGAAAGAACACGAGCACCUCCGAAGCUCUGAUCGUCUCAUAGAAGAAACUAUAAGUAUUGCAAUGGCUACUAAAGAAAACAUGACUUCACAGAGGGGUUUCUUGAAAUCCAUACAGAGCCGGAUGAAUACCCUGGCCAACCGUUUUCCUGCAGUUAACAGUCUUAUCCAGAGGAUUAACCUGAGGAAGCGCCGGGAUUCGCUCAUCCUGGGCUCUGUUAUCGGCAUUUGCACUAUCCUGCUGCUGCUCUAUGCUUUCCACUGACAGCCAACACAGACUCUGACGCAAACCAGAGGAGCAGCAGCAACCGCCGAGUGAAAAAACCAAUGAAAGUUGCAGUUCUUUACACACCACCUGUACAUAAGGGAGUUGGGGGUAUUGCAGAAAUAAUUUACAUUUUAUAUUGGCAAUCUUUAGUGCUGGCAGUAUCCAUUUGCUGACCAGUAGCUGUACAUACUCAUUGUCCUCUAGCUUUUCUCUGCAACCAUAAUGAAACUGAUUAAUAGCGAGGGGUUCAUAGGGGUCUGUGACUGGAAGCCUUGAAAUGGACCACUGAUCGUUUCUGAAAGCUAUAUGUAAUAUUCACAGAUAUAGAAACAAAAAAAAUGUUUUACACAAGACUGUGAUCAUAAGGAAGCAUCUUUAAUUAUACUCGCCAGACAUGGCUGCCAGUCUGGAUACAUGUACUGUAUGUAGCUAGAAAGGACAGUUCUUAGUGUAUGACUGAGUUACGCAUAAUGUAAAACAAUACAGCAUACUGUAUCUGUCACCUCCACACAGCCAUUUUGUAGACUGAACCAGUCUUCACCCAAUCCAUUCACUUUGAAAUAGUGAUUUCACUGAGGGUGAAGGCACAAAAUGGCUACCCCUACUGUGUGUGUGGUAUGGAAACUUCAUCAUAUACAUUUUGGGAACCUGGAUUGUUUUGGUUUGGGUCUCCUUAAUGUUUUGGUAAAGCAACAGCUAUUGGUUAUUGCCAAACAUCUUGUGUUUGGUAGUGCUUUACAGAAGAAAAAAUAUACAGUAUACAUCUAUGUUUUUAAUUAAAAAAAAUAUUAUUUUCUCAUUAUUCAGCCAAUAUAAUUUCUAAAUCUAAAAAUAGUUGUGUUUUUAGCUGCAGUUACCAAUUAUGGCCCAUCUUAGGACAAAAACCUAUCAAAUAAAUAACAUUUUCAAGCAAAGGAAACAGUAACCACUUUGCGAUUUGGUUUUAGUCCUGUCUGUAACAAUGAAUGCCUCUGCCAGACAUACAGUGAUGUGAACGGCAGUUUUACAGGCACACGCACUGUUGCUACACCCUGGAACACGCACUAUUUCUGCACAGCGCCAGCACUUCCCAGAAUGCCAGUAGAGCAUUUACACAUGUAUAGGAAACAUGAUCUUAAAUUAUUUGUUUGGGGUUUGUUUGGCGUUUUUUUUUUUUUUUUUCUUUUGUUUUUUUUUCCCUAAAUGUAAUUAUUGUUUUCAAACCUGACUGUAUAUACAAAUAUUGUGUAACAAUAUACACACUGAGGCUUCACAAUGGCUACUUGUGUUUACACUGCAGCAUAGUGCCCAGAUACUUAACAAAUUUAGCCGAUUAUUUCUGUAGAGUGGGAAGUUUUUAAGAGCUUUCUACUGAGCUGUAAAAAAUGUAAUUGGGAUACAGGAGAAAUCAAUUUUUAUUAGCUCUGCUUUAAAUUGCACUUCCUGUUCUGUCAGUUUGGUGAUAAUUGAGUUAGUAAAUACCUACCAUUGAUUUUUGAAAUCUCCAACUAUGGACAUUCUGUCACCAAAAUCUCCAAACUGCCUAGCUGUAUGUCCUUUUUUUGACAAGUGUUAGAGCUUCCAGCUUCAAGUUUACCCUGACAGAACACUAUAAAACAAUGAAAGGAUUUUCGUGAGCUCUAAUGUUGUUGCCUAAUGGAUACAGAGGCAGUCUGCAUGUGUGAUGUGGCUGUAACUCCCAUGACAAGCAGACAGUGACUAUUCAGGUCACUACAGAAAUAUCACAGCCAGUGGCUGACUGCAUGCAGUGGGAAUUAUAGUUCAAGAAGAUCUGCAGGUUGUCUGGCUCUGAUCUAGUCUAUUAUUUAAAGUCCAUCUGUCCCCUUAAGCUGAACCAAUAUUGACUGCAGCCAGGGAAUUCACUUGUUCGUACAGAAUGGGUAGUCUGCUUUUUCUUUUCUUUUUUUUCAUGUUCAGCCAACAAAAUGGCUACUUGCACUGUGUGCAGGAGACAGGUUCACUGUUGAAUCUCAAAUGGAGGCAUUCAAAGAGGAACUAAACUUGCAUAUGUCUAAAUGGUUCAUUUUAGCUUUCAGUGUCUUUCUAAAAAGAAUGAGUAAGAGAGAAAUUUGCCCAUGAGAGAUGUGGAUUGUUUGAAAAAUAAAAAGUUCUUAUAUAUGAGACAUUUAGAUAGAAAACUCCUCAGAUAAGUGAUGAUGGAACACUAUGAGGACCAUACAGUAAGUACUCACGGACUUUAAAUACUGGAUGGACCAAAAUUGUUUCACGCUGCAUUGCAAGUCCAUGGCACGAGUACAGACAGUUCAGUCUUCUUGCUGAUAACUAUUCUGAGGGCCUACAACUAGCAAUCCAUUUGUGUCAAUGUUUUAAAUGCUUUUAGUAGAAAUACAAAGAAAAUCUUCCACCUGGUUAUAAAUUAUGUUUCCCAACUAAAUGUUUCUAUCAGUUUAACUGGAAUGAUUGUCACUCAUUUUGCUCAUGUCUGUUUCCAUUCCUCCCCUGGCAUUCUACUUUUCCUUUCGUUUUGUUCGAAGUGACUCAUGCAGUUCUUGGUGUUCAUAUUAUAAUUAUAUAUUAGCAGAUUCCAGCACCACUCAGUGAAAACCAGUUGUGGUUUUGCAGUGACUGGUGCCAGAUUCUGAUGUAAUGUAUACCAGAUUUAUGUACUGGAUUACCCUAUUACGCUGCAUAUAAACAAUAUUUAAGGUGGAGGACCUCUUUAUGUGUGUAUGAACAAUUUACCGUACAUCCCAGAAAAUCCAGAGAUUAGUCUGCUCUUUCUGUAUGUGUGCUCUCCUUGAGAAUGUGAGAACCCUAAUUUAUUCAACAACCCAGUUGUAAAGUGGUGACCUUAUUGAAGGCUAUCCAAACCCAAAGCGCCCACCUGUAUAUAACCUUUCCCUUCUAAUGGCACUUUCUUAUUUUGCUUUACAAAUAGCUCAUUGAAACAAAUUAUAUUUUAUUGCUCUUGUAAUUAUUUUCUCAUUUCUGCACCUAAUGUGCAAUUCCUGUCUGUAAUAAAGAAAAAAGCUUUGUUAUGUAAUUUAAUAAUAAAUUAGUAUUAUACAUGA